UGCACCGGUUUGUUGACGUCACUACUUUUCGUGCACUAAUCUUCAGCGCCAUUUCUCAUUUUUACAAAGAGUUCUGUCAAACUGAAAUGCAACGCCUUUAAACAAACAGUGAAGACAGGAUGUCUGAUGGCGACCAGAACACAUUUACUGUAUUUGAUACAGACACAAACCAGCCUCUCACAGUAACAGUAGCGCCCUCUGGUGGUGAUGAUGGUCAGACACAGGGCAUCCAGUAUAUAACACAGGAUGGGGUACAUGUGUCACACAUAUCGCAAGGGGCAGAGGUCGUUCAGGCAUCAGAACCCCAGUCUAUUUACACGACACUUGCCAACUCUGCUGUGCCCACCCCCGCCUCUCAGAUAAUAGCCAAUGCCAGCUCAGUGGUACAGAACGUCGUGCAGCAGCCGGCCAACAUUAUACAGGCACCUCAGCCCAUAGGGACCCCCACAGGCACCUCGGCUCUAAACAGCAUGGGUGUCCCUCAGAUGCUGUUCUUAAACCAAGUCACCAUCAAUGGACAGACGUCUUUCGUUUUGGUGGAUGCGAACAAUAAACCUGUUCAGCUACCCCAAGGUAUUCAGGUGAUAAACUUACCAACACAGCAGACAGGAGGACAGCAGCUCCCUGUGACUGGCAAUGACUCUGGUGAGGAACCGCUCUACGUCAAUGCCAAACAGUAUCACAGGAUCCUAAAGCGACGUCAGGCAAGGGCAAAACUGGAAGCUCUGGGCAAGAUUCCAAAGGAAAGACAGAAAUACUUGUAUGAAUCUCGUCACCGGCAUGCAUUAAACCGACAGCGUGGAUUAGGUGGUGUGUUCGUUAAAGGGGGUAAAGGUGAAUUGGACAUGCCAGGAAACGAUGGUGGUCAGCUUACAAACGACAACAUUAGUGCCCCAGUCCGCAGCCGAACACCGAUCGCAAUAGCUCCACAGCCCGUGACUAGUGGGCUGGCUCAGCUCACCACAUCUCUGCUUCCACAGACUCUCAGUACAAACCUUGGCAAUGUGAUGACCAAUAUUUCGCUGAGUCAGCAGCUCGGCCAGCAGCUCGGCCAGCAGCUGGUUAAUUCAUCACAGAUUGCGACAUCACUGUCCCACAUAACAACCAAUGGCGACGUGGGACUGGAGCACCAGACCAACUCCAACAGCAUCCUUAAUUCAUUAACAACGUAGAACUGUCCGUUGAUUUUAUAGUCAUGCUGUAAAUAACUUUACUGCAAAUCGCUUUAUUUUGUGGAAAUUUAUAUACAUAACGGUGACUCGACUCCGAUGUUUGGAUUCCUCACAGGGUUGAUACUGACUUCAUAUCUCAUUAUUUAAUCAUUCUUUAGUAAACUUCAUGACAUCAAGUGAGUGAAGGUGAUAAAAGAAAAUAAAUACGGCACAAGAUACAAAUCCUACUUUUCCCGUGCUAUUUUAUUUUGCGAUAAUUCUUACUGCGAUUGGACAUUGGUAUAUGAAGAACCCAGUUAAAAUAUCAGCAAUUCUUCAAUUUUCUUGAUCCAUCGUCACACUGGUUAUCUCAAGAAACAAAAUGGUGUUGUGUAUUAAAAGUCAUAUUGAGAAUGAAGUUAUUGAACAUUAUUUGCAAUAAAAUCCUAAUUGUAUUGUCA